AUGGCAAUUUUAAACAUUUUAAUUCUAUUGUUGAUUUUUACUAUUGGAUGUCUUAUUGGAUCUGUUGUGUUUGCUCCAUUGUUUGGAUUUAUGAAAGGAAACAAAAUUAAUCCAGUUUCUAAUAUUCUACACCAUAAAGAAAUGACUUAUGAAUUUGUGACGCGAAAAGUAUUUGAGAAUAUGAGAUUAUGGAAUUCAAAAUUAAAUCAGGAUCAUACGUUAUUCAGUGGAACAUCUCCCGAUAGAGAUGAAGAACAAUUAGUACAUUUAGAGAGAAGUAUUGAAAAAAUUGAGGGAGAAGAUCGUGGUGAUAGAACUAGAGUACCUGAGUUUAGAGAAAAACUUCCAAAAGGAACUAUAUUUUUCAAAUAG